AGCAUGGUUGUUGUUGCAGCAUAACAACGCUUCGCCAUGAAAAAACACAACUUCGGUGGACUUCACUGUGAAAACGCCUUCGAUUGUGCCUUGAGCGGAUAUCGCUACGAAACAUUUGGUAACUCUUAUGUAGUAAAAGUUGAGCGUUGUUUACCUCUGGUUGUGGGGAAACACACGUUGCCGUAGUGAGCAGGGUGACGGUGCUGUAAGACCCGGCACCGGCAACUCAAGUGGAGGAGAGCGAGCGAAUCGCGGUCAGUGAUUGGCUGCCGUACAUGUCAAUCAAAGAGUUUAGGCGUGACGUCAUCGAGUCUGCGCCCAGCUUCCGCGUGGUGGCGACAGAAGCUGAAGACAGAUGUCAAUGCUGUGGACAGUGAAGGUGGUUGGCCUGGGGUUGGCUGCUCUCUCUCUGAGUUUGGAGCUGCUUGUCUGGCUCAUCCGUCGCCUCAGGCCUGGUAGAAGCCUCAAUGAAGUCCUGUUUUUUCCCUCAGAAAUAGCUUGUGUAGAGCACAUGUUCACUCCUACUUCAGCGUAUUCCUGUUUCUGUGUGUUGCCUCAUGGGGUAGAGACCUCUUUCUCCCGUCUUCUCCACCACAUCCUGUCCACUACCUCCUCUCUGGACCUGUGUGUUUUUGCUUUUUCGAACAUGGAUCUGAGCAGAGCUGUAUUGAUGCUGCAUAGCAAGGGUGUAGCCAUCCGAAUCCUCACUGACAAAGACUACACUGCCAUCCCCGGCUCGCAGAUUGGGGUCCUCCGCAAAGCCGGCAUCUGUGUAAGGUGCGGUGUGGAUACUGUGUAUAUGCAUCACAAGUUUGCAGUGGUGGAUGGCCGGCUGCUCAUCACUGGCUCCCUCAACUGGACACUGACAGCAGUACAGAGCAACAUGGAGAACAUCCUCAUCACUGAGAUGUCAGAGCUGGUGCAACCCUUCAUCAAGGAGUUCCACACACUGUGGGCACAAAAUGAUCCAGCUCGAGUCCACCGCUCACUUGACCAAACGCCUGCUCAAGUUCAAUAACUAAUAAGCCAAAAAAAUGCUUCCACAGUUGAUAUUUUCUUGUUAGGAAGUCUGUCUGCUACUUUAAGUUACGAUAACUGGUCUGCUUUUGAAAGAGACAUGUUCAUCAAGUUGAAUCCUAGAUAUGUGUUUAAAUGUUCUAUUACUUUGAUUUCAUUAUGUUCAAAAACCCCUCUUUUGAAGAACUGUAUUAGUUUGAUCUCAGAACCUAAGAAAAGGAUACUAUUGUGCAGUUGAAAUAAGUUCUAUUUUUGUUAGUUGAGACAAACAUUUUUAAGUUUUUAAAUCAAAGUUUGUGUGUAUGUACAAGGGUUUUCUUGUACGGUGUUAUUGAACUCCCCCUCAGAACGAAGGGGAAAAUAUGUAAGUUAAUGAGAGUUUUAAUGACUUAAAACUAAGUCUAAGUCAUCGUUUACAGUUUAUCUCUUGCAGACUAUGGUGACAGUAAAAUCCAGGGUGUGUUCCUGUGGUUUCAGGAGCUACAUUUUGCUGAGCACCAAUAAAAACCCCUUAUUUCAUGCUGCAGUUUUGAGACCGAUCUGUUGCAUUGUUGCCCCUCAGCUGUAGUUUCCUCCUGCUCCAACAUGAUUUACUUACAACAGAAAUGUCACGUAGCACUUGUGUGCUGGAAUUUUCAGUGUGCAACAAUACCACCCUUUGUGGAUUGCAAGUAGAGUAGAUCAGGUUGGGACAUGAUUAAUGUGCCUGGGUGCAUGACUCUGCAUUGCUCACAGUCAGGCCAGUGCUUGUUGAUAAAGACCAUGACUGGAUUGUCAGACUUGAGACUUGAAAUAUUUCAGCAGCUUGCAUCU